UAUUUUUCUUUCAAAUCUCGUCAAAUAAUUUGCAAGGCGUUAAAAACGAUAUUUGAAAUCACAAUUAUUUUUUAAAUCCCAUUUAUUAUCGGAUGAUUCCAAACAACUUAAAUCCUGUUUUCAAAUCCAUUAUUCCAAACACAGCUUAAAUCCCAAAAAAAAAAAAGAAAAAAAAAUUGGUUCCUUUUUUAUAAAGUGCUGUACCACACGCCUCGGCCUGCAAUUACCAAAACCAGUGAUUUCUCCAGCCAUGGCGAGUGACUCAGAUACCUCAGGGUCGUCCCACAGGCAAGCCACCGUAACCCUGGACGAACUGGAGAUGUCUCCCAGCAAACGCCUCAAAACCCUAAGCUCACCUCCCUCUUCGUUCUCCAAAGGAAAAGACACAGGAAUUGAUGAAUCAACGGUUGAUGAUUCGGAAACGCACACUUGUGAAAUCUGUUUGAUGGAGAAAAGAAUUGAUGAAUCAACGGUUGAUGUUUCGGAAAGGAACUGCUGUGGAAUAUGUUUGAUGGAAGAUGGGAAGGCUAUCAGAGGGUGUAUCGAUAGCUGCGACCACUACUUCUGCUUCGUCUGCAUCAUGGAAUGGUCAAAGGUCGAGUCUCGUUGCCCCCUGUGUAAGCGCAGGUUCACUACUAUUCGUCGUCCGCCAAAGGAUGGAUUGUUUCUCACCGAGCGCCUUGUUAACGUUCCGGUUCGUGAUCAGGUGUGCCAUAGGGAAAUAGAGACGACUCAUCCAUAUUCGGAAGUACAAUGUGGUGUGUGCCAUAGUAGGAUAGAUGAAAGCCGUCUACUACUUUGUGAUCUUUGUGACUCUGCCUAUCAUACUCACUGCGUUGGUCUGGGUGCCACUGGACCUGUAGGUGAUUGGUUUUGCCAGGACUGUACCGUUUCUGUGGUUGAAUAUACCAAAAUCGAAAUAGAUACCGGUUGUGCCAGUCAAACCUGUUGUAACGUUCAUGAAGUGCCACCAGCUGGGGCUUCUGUUUCUGUCUUUGAUAUUGUAGCAGAACCCGGUAUCAGAGAGUUUCAGAGACCCCAUACAACAGAUUCUCUGCAUACAAGUUGGUUGUCAUCUGGUAUUGCUCCUGACAGAGGAAUGAGUGUUGCAGAUAACGCGUCUCAGGGGGAUUCAAGAACUCCUGCUGUUGCAUCUAAUGCAUCUGAGGGGGAUUCAAGAACUCCUGCUGUUGCAUCUAAUGCGUCUGAGGGGGAUUCAAGAACUCCUCCUGUUGCAUCUAACGUGUCUGAGGAGGAUUCAAGAACUCCUGCUGUUGCAUCUAACACGACUGCCUUGGGUGUGAGAACGUUGCAGCGUUAUCGGAAUGUGCAUCAUAGCAUACGAGCAUUACGUGAAAAUUGGAAUGGCUUCCGAAAUGGGGCCUUGAGCUUCUGUUACAGUUGUACUAAUCAUGACAAAUUAAGUCAACCUAACUGCAGAUCUUACAGGGGUCAGCAAUUGACAGCUCAUAAUGAUACUUCCUGUAAUAUAUCGCAGAAUAGAGGCUCAUACAAUAUAGAAAAAGCAUGGAAAAUGAUGGAUGCUGCAAAGUCAAUAGAAAAGGGGCGUGGAAGGGUCAGCUUCAUGCAUCAGGCUUCAAAACAUCAUUCAAGCAAAGUAAAUGUUCCAAAAGGAAACGUUAACAUGAAUCCAAGUCUUCUCAUGGCGAAUGGGAAACAACCUGGGGCUACAAAUCUUAAAAUCAAUGGAUAUAAAAACCAUUACCAGUAUAAUUCCCUGGAAAAGGCAAACGAUUUGCAUAAAUCUCCGAUGUUUGAAAAACAAAAGCAGAGGACUGUUACUAAGGUGACAGAUUUAAAAUUCGGUGCGGGUUUUCCAUCUAAUUCACCAGUGUAUGAGUUGCCAUCUGCUAGGAUGGCCCGGACUUCAGCUCAAUUUGACAUUUGCUAUGGAAAUGGGGGGAAACAAUCACCGGAGUGUUCACUUGGAGCCUCAUCAGAUGUUCUUAAAGAGCAUAAUGGAUCUGCUGUUGGGUCAGUGCAGAUAGCUUCAAAUUUUACUUGUGGUAUAUCGGCUGCCUCUUCCUCCUGCAAGAUAGAAACUCCUGAAGGUAAAUCUAAGACAGAAGGAAAAAGUGCAAAAAGCCAGGCUAAAAGAGAUGACAAUGCAAAGAGUGAGAUUCAGUCUCUUGUCAAGCUCAAUCUAAAGCUUCUGAGUGGAGACAAAAAGUUAGAAGUGAAUGCAUUCAAGGAAGUCGCGAGGCUUGCCACUCAUUCCAUCUUGGCCGCAUGUGGUUUGGAGCGCCCAAAGCCUGGUGUCCGCUCUUUCCCGAGCUCCGUAUGCUGCCAUGACAAACAAGAUCAGCAGCUUCGAAUGUCCACUUUAAUGCCUAGUUCUUGCAGAGAAUGCUUUUAUGUCUUCGUAAAGGAUGUUGUCAAAACCAUGAUGCUUGAGAAAGUGAGUGGCAUUCAAAUGGCGUAACGCGACCUUUGUGUUUAGGGUUUUUGCUGCAGAGAUGCAACGAGGCAAUUCAUGUAUGCAAAAUUCCAUAAGGUGUUCUGACUUACUUUUUCUUAUUGUUCUUGUGCAAUUCCUGAUCAGUUCAAUUUGCAUGAAACACACUUUCUUGUAAUGAUAUUACGUGUUAUCAACUAAUUAUAUCUUGUUACUUAAAUAAAAGUACUCUCACUUUAA